UAAAGAAGGAAGGAUCCUGAAUCGAAUUUGGGAGCAAUGGCUUCGAUGCUGGCUCGCAGGUCACUGAAUACUUUUCGUGCUCGACAGCUAGUUUAUUCAGGGCAAGGUUUGCAGGCAUCUCAUCUUUCUGGAUUGCAGUCUCGUGGUAUUUCUUAUGGCUCCAAGAAAGAUGAUGAAGAAGAGGAGCAACUUGCUAAAGAAAUCUCCAAGGACUGGAAUACUGUAUUUGAACGGAGUAUAAACACACUGUUUCUCACUGAAAUGGUCCGUGGUCUGUCGUUGACACUCAAGUACUUCUUUGAUCCCAAAGUUACUAUUAAUUAUCCAUUUGAGAAAGGUCCACUGAGCCCUCGCUUCCGUGGUGAACAUGCUCUUCGACGUUAUCCUACUGGGGAAGAACGCUGCAUUGCCUGCAAACUCUGUGAAGCUGUGUGUCCAGCUCAAGCAAUCACAAUAGAAGCAGAGGAGCGGGAAGAUGGAAGCCGCAGAACCACUAGGUACGACAUUGACAUGACAAAAUGCAUAUACUGUGGUUUCUGUCAAGAAGCUUGCCCCGUUGAUGCAAUUGUCGAAGGACCUAACUUCGAAUUCGCAACAGAGACACACGAGGAACUUCUGUAUGACAAAGAAAAGCUUCUUGAGAAUGGAGAUCGAUGGGAGACUGAGAUUGCUGAGAAUCUCAAAUCAGAGUCUCUCUACCGUUGAAACCAUUAUACCACAGUCUUUUGCUUCAAGUUAGAAAUAAAAGAUGCAAUCUUAUGCGUUUGAAAACUCUCUUGUAUUUUUCAUGGUUCUAAAAAUGGGUUGGGUGUAGGCGGCAUAUUGGUCUGAGGCGAAACGAUUUUAAAAAAUUUGAUUUAGACGGUUUAAACUGUUUUAAAUCGAUAUAAAUCACUUUAAAUCCAUUCUGUUAAAUUAAGUAAUAAUGCAGUAUAAAUAAUAAAAUAGUGUAAUUUU